AUGCCGCCUUCCAGCGGGCACCUGCUGCUCCCAAAGUUUUGGAGAGCAGCGAGGUUUGCCUACGAGAAGGCUUGCAAAGCCAUACGGACAAAGUUUCCAGAACAAGUCCAACAUGGAAGCCUACGAUUUCAGCCAGCUUUUGCACGCAUAACCCCAAACCAGCCGAUCAACCGUGCGGCAGCAAUUCGACAGGCCCGUCGCCGCCACUACUCCACUCGCGCGAGAACCUUCGUUUCUUAUCUCCGGACUGGACUGCAAGGCGAUCGUGCUGCCUAUAAGACAUCCCGCGUUGCGUCAAACAUCAGCCGUCUUACCUCUCAAGCGCCCUUUGCGUCAACCCUUCGCCCGAACUUGACCGGUGGUACUCUCGGCCGUACGGCGGGAGGCUAUACUAUAGGGGCCGGACGGAUCGGGGGUGCCCGGUAUUUCUCCCAUGGCCCAGCUGCACCCGCUCAGGUCAUUCAAAAUGUAUCCAUGGGUGUCCGGGCAUUCUUCCUCUCUGGACAGAAGGUCCGGUUCGACGGCAUUGACGAUGUCAGCGGAAACAAGAAGUACAAAGCUGUGAGCGCGCUUCAAGAUCAGGCUGAGCGGAAGAUGACCGGAAUCCCUCGGACUGCACCGGGAUCCUUUGUUGACUUCCAGCUCUCCCCUACCAUCACAGCUUUUGGACUGCAGAAGAAGUUUGAUCCGUCGGGAGCCUUCGCCUCCGAGACCAUCAACUCGGACGGUCUUUUGGACUUCCUCUCUGCCGACUUUGCGCGUGCUCUCAAGGACUUGGCCGCUGUGCUCAACGACCUCAAGCGCCUGUCCACCCUGGGUGAUCUGCCUAUCUUGCUGCACGACAAGUCGACGCUCCGGGUGCGAUUCCCCGGGUGUGACGCAGCCACUGUCGAACGGCUCUGUGACGAGGUUGGAGUCCAACGAGGGAAGAUCAUGCAGGACGAGGACUUCGAUAGUCGUACGGGUGCUGACCUUGCUCUUCUAUUCCCCUUUGCCCCCAGUGUUCCCGGGUCACCGGAGACGAUGGAUUACCUCUUUUCGAAGGGGCCCGCUGAGCCACAAGCGCCCGAAGAAGUUGAUUGGCAAGCUAUGAUGUCGUCAGAGAACAACACAGAGCUUCUCGGAAACUCUGGGCCGAAGCUCAGUUUCGAAGACGUAACCAUGUUCGGCGAGAAUCCGUGGCAGCAAUCCUCUUCGUCAUCUGGGUAUUCAAGUAUCAACAUCAGCGAACUCGGUGACCGCGCAUACUUCCAUGAGAUCUCCAGUACCGGAUUUCCUGACAGUGCUUCUGAAUAUGAGGGAUCGGACGGGUUACACCGAUUUCUUGCCGAAUGCAACCGUGCUCCUCCAAUUUCUUAG